CAGGCGCGAGAAGAUGACGUCACAGCAGCGGAGCCGCGACCUCUGGCUGCUUUCGGCUCUGCUAGGUGAGGGUGUCGACUGAAAACAGUUCCGUCCGCGAUGCCGUCGCCAUGACCAUUUGUCAGUUCUUCCUUCAAGGCCGGUGUCGGUUCGGAGAUCGGUGCUGGAACGAACAUCCCGGCGCCAGAGGUGCGGGCGAAGGACGGCAGCAGCAGCUCUCAGGUAGUAACAGACGAGGAUGGAAUACCACCAGCCAGAGAUAUUCCAGUGUUAUCCAGCCAUCCAGUUUCUCCAAAUCCACACCAUGGGGGGGCAGCAAAGAUCAAGAAAAGCCAUCUUUUGCUUCUGGAGCGUCAGCUAGCAGGAACAGGGGGUUUGGAUUGUCUCAGAACCCAUUUGCUUCACCUAGCUCUGAUGGGCAGAAAGAUGAAAAGAAACUUCUGGAAGGAAUUGUAAAAGAUAUGGAGGUUUGGGAAUCAUCAGGGCAGUGGAUGUUUUCUGUUUAUUCACCAGUGAAAAAGAAACCUAAUAUUUCAGGUUUUACAGAUAUUUCACCAGAGGAGUUGAGACUUGAAUACCAUAACUUCUUAACCAGCAAUAACUUACAGAGUUAUCUACAUUCCAUCCAACAGUUAAUAAAUCAGUGGAGGAACAGGGUAAAUGAACUGAAAAGUCUAAAUACAUCAACUACAAUAGCUUUGCUCUCUGAUAUAAAGGGUGGAGUAAAUCAAGCAGCACCUGCAUUUGGAUUUGGCAGUAGGCCAUCAGUAACAUUUGGGUCACCAGGUUUUCCAGUGAAUAACAACAGCAGCAUUAAUGCUCAGAAUUUUAGUUUUAAAGCAAGCUCUGGAUUUGCUACUGCCCCUUCUGGAAGCCCUUCUGUGUUUGGGAAUACUCCAGCAUUUGGAGCUGUACCCUCCGCCAAUUCUGCCAUCACUGCUUCUACUCCAGCUUUUGGACUUGGGAAACCCCAAAUCACAUCUGCUGCUUCAUUUUCAUUUAAAACCCCUGCAGCUUCUGGUUUUGGAUCAUCCGGAUUUUCAGGAUUUCCAGCUUCUAUGGCAGCAGGCUCUGUUGGAGCUCCAAAGGCCCCAGCCUUUGGAAGCGGCAGUUCUUCAGCUGGUUUUGGUAGUCCAGGCUCACAGUCUCACACUGCUUUUUCCAAGUCAUCCAGUGGCACCUGUGGAAACAGCAGCAUAUCCACCUCUCUCUCAUUCUCAAAUGGCAGCACCAAAACAGAUAAUGUAUUAUUCACACCCAGGGAUCAACUAACAGCAGAAGAACUGGAACAAUUUCAAUCCAAGAAAUUUACUCUGGGAAAAAUUCCAUUAAAGCCACCUCCUGUGGAAUUUCUAAAUAUUUAAAUGAGUAAUUUUAAAUACAGAAAAGAACAGCUUUUAAAAUUCUUUUGAGUGGUUCAUAUGAAAGGGCAGAUACAUAGAUAUAUAGAUAUACACACACACAUAUAUAAGAAGUAUAAAUUUUCAAUAAUAGGAGUUUUUAUAUUUAGCAUUUUCUUCCUGAGUGUAACUAUUUAAGUAAAACAUAACAAAAACUCAGCAGCGGACUUUUUUUUUGCUAUAAUUAUGAAUGGAACUGAAAAAACAGGGUGCACGGAAUAAAGUACUUUUCUUAUUCUACAUCACUUUACUCUCUUACCAUUUAAAAUUUUACCUUUAGGGGCUUCCCUGGUGGCGCAGUGGUUGAGAGUCCGCCUGCCGAUGCAGGGGACAAGGGUUAGUGCCCCGGUCCGGGAAGAUCCCACAUGCCGCGGAGUGGCUGGGCCCGUGAGCCAUGGCCGCUGACCCUGUGCCUCCAGAGCCUGUGUGUCUGGAGCCUGUGCUCUGCAACGGGAGAGGCCACAACAGUGAGAGGCCCACGUACUGCAAAAAAAAAAAAAAAAAAAAUUUUACCUUUAAACAUUUUUUUUAAAGGAAGGAGAUAAUUUCUAGACCCAGCAGAGAAAAAAUGCUUAAAUGUUUAGCCUACUUACCAAAUAAACAUCAGUAGCAUGACUUUCCUUCAUGUUAAAGAAGAUUCUCUUAAAGAAAGAAAGAACAAUUUUUAAAGGGUGAAAACGUUUUAGGACCUAAGAAGCAUUUUCCUCUCAUAUUUUUUCCUCCUCAGUUUUGGCUCUCUCAUGGACCAUUUGAGUUUUCUUCAACAAUUUUGGGCUAAUUUUUAUCUUGGCCUAAUUUUUAUGUAAUUCUAUUUUUUCCUCACAUUAUCCCAUCAAGCGGAUGGAUUGUAAGAGGAGUAGAAAUUAUGAUCUCGUGUGAAUAAAUAGUGUAUAUAUAUCCUUUGUAGUUGCAUAAAACAUUUCUGGAAGAAUAUGUAAGAAACUUGCUAACAAUGAUUACCUCUGGGAAAAGAAUUGGUGUCUGGAUUAGGAGAAAUACUUUAUAUACCAUUUUGAACUGUUUGAAUAUCUUACCAUGUACAUGCAUUACUUUGUUUUUUAAUUAAAAGAAAAUCAGGAAAAUUAAAAAAGGAUUAGGAAGCUUUUUUCAACUAUAAACAGCAACAUUAUUGGAAAGUUUAAUGAUACUUAUGAUCAAGCUAGUUUUUCUAGCUGCAUUUUUGAAAAGCAUUUUUUUAAUAUAAAUUUAUUUACUUAUUUAUAUAUUUGUUUUUGGCUGUGUUGGGUCUUUGUUGCAGUGCACGGGCUUCUCAUUGCCAUGGCUUCUCUUGUUGCAGAGCACAGGAUCUGGGCGUGCAGGCUUCAGUAGCUGUGGCACAGGCGCUCAGUAGUUGUGGCUUGUGGACUCUAGAGCUCAGGCGCAGUAGUGGCGCACAGGCUCAGUUGCUCCGCGGCAUGCGGGAUCCUCCCAGACCAGGGCUUGAAACUGUGUCCCUUGCAUUGCCAGGCAGAUUCUUAACCACUGCGCCACCAGGGAAGCCCAAAAAGUAUUUUUUUAAAACUAACAAAUAACUCUUUAUUCAAGAUGCAUCUUCUAUAGACUUUUUUUUUAAGUAACAAAGAAGGGACUUUAUAACUGGAAAAAAGUUUUUGAACAAAUCUAGGCUGCUUUCUUCCACCUCCAUUUACAUUAUUAAGGUAUGCUCUUAUUCCUUUAUGGUAUAUUUCUUAAAACACUUUUUUAUAAAAUAUGUUUAUUAUAAUUUUGGAAAUUUCCAACAAGGAAAUUAAAAUUAUCAGUAAUCUUCUCCCCGCUUCCCCCAAAUAGUUUAUGUAGAGCGGUGAGGAUUCACCAGCUGUUUCUAGAGUUUCUAUUAGACUUCUCAGACAUGUUUGGUUCUCCCUGUGUCCUCAGAUUGAGGGAGUAAUAUCUUGUAUAUCUUAUAUAUGGUUGAUCCAAAUACCCAGAGACCUGUCAUGAGUUGAAGCAUAUGUGUCAGAGUUCUGUGUUCCUUUCUCAAGCCUCAAAAAUUACACAGCUAGCACUGCGAGAACAGUUUCCUAACACAGAUCUGGCAUUGAAGUCAUUUUUUUAAGUGAAAAUAAAAACUAUUAAAAGAUAUGCACUCCAUGUGAUUUUAGCAUACAUGCAAAGGGUU